UCGAAAACACAGAGAGAGAGAGAGAGCGAGAGCGAGAGAGGUCUCGCCGAUGGAAGGUGGCAUCUCCGUCCAUUCAGAUUCAGAGUCAUGUCGUGGUGAUGGUGUUGUUGUUGGAGCCGGUCAGAAAACAAAGAGAGGCAAAGUGGUAAAGGGAGAUUCGGUUUCUGUGGGAGCGGGAGUUGGAGGUGCCCAGAAGACAAUGCUAGCUGACAUAACUAACAUGCAGCAGCAGCAACAACAACAGAGGUGUGAAAAGCUGAUAAAGCAGCCGGAGAAACAGCAGUCUGUGCCACUUGGUGAAGCUGAAGUCUCUACUGAACAGCUUCUUAAGGAAAAUGCAACAUUGAGGAAGCUUCUAGCUAGCAGAAAUACAAUUAUAGAAUCAUGCAAAGCAGAGCUAGAAAAGUCUCGUAGCAAUUUUCAGAAUCUACGGAAACAAAAUGCGGAACUUGCCCUGACAAAUAGUCAAAUGCUGGCGGAACUUAACUCUAGUAGACAGAGGCUAAGGGAACUUCAGCUUGAACUAGGAGGCAAAAAUGGCAUUCUAAAAGCUAUGAAAUUAGAAUUGACGGCAAAAGAGAAAACAGAAAAGUUGCAUGAAAGUAUUGGAAAUGAGGUUGCAGCAGCUCAGAUUAAGCAGCCAAAUCAAUCAUUUCAAGAAGAGAGCAAGGAAGAUAAUCUUUGCCAUGCAAAAAGGAGGAGAGUUUCCAAAUCUCAAUCUGCUGCACCUGCUGUUGCUAAACAAUUAACAUCCAAAGAAAAGAUUGAGAACCGGAGGUAUUCUAUGAGAAGGGAAUCUGUGAAGUUGAAAGGUGAGAAACUUGAACCAGCUGAAGACAAUUUCUCUGAAGAAACUAUGGCAAAUGAAAAUGAACGAACAUCACUUGGAUCCAAUGUUAACCAAGAACAAGCUAGAGAAGAUACUUCAUCUUCAGGACCAACUAACUCUGAACAAGUUAAUGCCAAAAAGAAUAUCGAAAAGAAAAGGAAAAGUAUGAGAAGGCAAUCUGGAAGGUUUAAGCCCUUAAAUCCAGAAGCAACUGAAGAUUCUUUUGAGGUUGAUGAUGCUAAAUUUGCUGUCUCCCAUUUAUCUGAUAAUGUGUCAGAUAAAAGUGCUCCAAUGACAUCAAGUGAAACUUCUCCACAAGAAAACAAAGAAACCUGUACAUCUAAUCCUUGGGAAACUAGAAGAUCUUCUGUUGGGCGUCCGAUGCGUCAAACAGUUGGGAAGGUUGUCUCAUACAAGGAAAUUCCGGUAAAUAUGAAGAUGCGUAGACCUAAAUGACUCAAUUUUAUGUCUCUGUUCUCAGUGAAUUAAUUACGUUACUAUCAUCACUUAAACGGCAUGGUGGAUAAUAUCUCAGUACUUACUCUCUCUUGAUCAUGUGGUCAUGUGAAUUGACACCAAUUUCGUGGCACAAUUGAUGCAUCCGCUGAUAUUAGUAGAAUCAUGAAGAUUAACUUGAA